ACCCGAAAGCGCGUAUCCAAUGCGAUUUAGUUCCGCGUUUCAAAUCCGGCGCUUAUAAUAUCGAACUCGUGAAACAGGAGAGGCCGCGCAUACUCGGUUUUUGCUCGGGCUGAGAUUUCCCUUCCCCGCAGAAAUAUUCGCCGGGAUAUUCUCCUCCUCGCUCGAUUUCAACGGUCCCAAAAAGGGAAAAAAGGAUCCGCCACCUCUCUUCUUCUAUUUCUCCGGCGAUACUGCGUCAGAAUCCGGUCCGGAAGAGAUCUCCUAGAAGCUCCCAGAAGAUGUGCCCGCUGCGGCUCAUAUUGGUGUUCCUCUCUGCGACCUUAGCCGGGUACUUCGCAUGGAAGACGUUCCGAUCCUCUUCCGAAGCGGAGGGAGAGUUAUUGGGAGAUACGAAGACAGGGGAGAAGACGUCGGCGCAUGGUGGGGAUGGAGAUUUCGGUUUCAGAAAGGUAAUUGAAGGUGGGUUUUGGGCUUUCGUGGAUAUGGCAAGCGGCAGGUAUUUGUGGAGGAAUUUGAGAAUGAAGGACGGUCAGAAAGAGAAGGGAUGUUGAAAUCAGAACGUGAAAUUUCUUCUUCUUCUUCUUCUGCUGCCUUUUCUCUCCUUUUCGAUUGUAAUAGUUUUGCUUUGUGAUUGUAUUCAAAGAAACUGUAAUACAAUUAUGAUUUUUUCAAA